ACAUGAAGCCGACCAGUGUGUGUAUCCUGUUUGCCAUCGUUUUAUGCACGGCUGCCGUGGCUGACGCCAUUGUGUAUGUAUAUGCCCCAGCCUGUUCCCUGUGUAAAAGUUUCGGCGCAAAUUACUGUGUCUAUGGCACUGUCAGUAGUAAGGGAAUUUCUUGCAUCGGACAGACCAGGAUAAAAAGCUGUGCGGACUGUAAGAGGUUUGGCAAACGUUGCGUCGAGUCCAAAAUAACGGAGUGCUUUUUAUGAUCGAUCUGGGGGCCGUAAAUAUGACUGGCCAAUGUUCCUUCAAAAUGGGCGCCGUGUCAGCGCACAUGAUACUUGGAAUCGAUGGCUGACUGAUCGUAAAUCACAAGCUUUUUUAGAAAAAGUAUUCCAAAGGCUCGAAGUCUGGAGCUGCCCGGGUUUGCAAAAGAAAGACACCGACAAUUUAUCUCUUGUAUGUUAGCGAAAGACAAAAAACAAAUAAACAUUAAAC